UGAGCUGUAAACUCAUUUUACAACAGGGCUCUUAUCUGCAGCAGUACACACCUUAUACAACAGAGCUGUAAAUACAUGUAACUAUGCCAGCUAGUCAAGACUUUGAAGGACAGACUAGGAGGUGCAUUCACCACUCUCUUUCCAACUGUGCACAAAACCUGCCAUCUUAUUGAGUACCUAAUACUGUAGUUGAACUGACACUUUGAAGUUGGAUUACCUUUCCUGUACCAGUGGAUUUGGGUCUCUGAGGGAUGUCAGCAUGAAGGUGCCUCGUUCGUCUCUGAUCACCUUUGCUCUACUGUUGAGUCAACUAUCCAGUGCAUCUGGGGGCAAAAUCCUGGUGUUCCCAUUGGAUGGAAGCCAUUGGGUAAACAUGAAAGUACUCAUUGAGGAACUGCAUGCCAAAGGCCAUGAGGUCACUGUGGUUCGGGCGCCCGAUAGCUGGUACAUCAGUGAAAAGUCUCCUUUCUACACCUCUGUCACCCUUCCCAGCCCUAAUGGUUUUGAGGAAAACUUUGAAACUUUUUUGUCUCGACAGCUGGAGGUCCGGCUUCAGGGUAAGCACACAUCUUUUUGGUCUCGCAUCUGGACUCGUAUUCAAAUGGAGCGGGUGGUUGUGGACCAGUUCUUUCAGUUCCAUAAGGGAAUGAGUGAAAUGGUCAUUCAGAUGUUUGAAGAUAAAAACCUGAUGCAGACUUUCCAUGAUGCCAAAUAUGAUGUGGUUUUGACUGACCCCGGCAUCGGCGGAGGGGCAAUGCUGGCACGUCGGCUCCAAGUUCCUCUUGUUUUCAAUGUGAGAUGGACCAUUCAAGGUGAAGCUCAUUUCCUUAUUGCCCCCUCACCUCUGUCAUACAUCCCUUUCACUGCAACAGAGUUGACAGAUAAGAUGACCUUCCCUCAAAGAGUAAAAAAUGUUGUAAGUUAUAUCCUUGGGAUGUACACACUGUCGUGCAUCACAGAACCUCAUUACAAACCAGUAGUUAAGAAGUACUUUGGUCCUGGUGUGGAUUACUCAACAUUUUUCCUGGAUGCUGAUAUAUGGCUUAUGAGGAAUGAUUUUGUCUUUGAAUUUCCGCGUCCAACAAUGCCAAAUAUAGUCUACAUGGGUGGAUUUCAGUGCAAGCCCCCAAAGUCGCUCCCUGCCGACCUGGAGCAGUUUGUCCAGAGUUCUGGAGAUCAUGGGGUCAUUAUGAUGACUUUAGGAACUUUGGUUGGGAAGCUUCCUCAAGAUAUCGCUGAGGAGAUUGCUGCAGCCUUUGCCCAGCUGCCUCAGAAGGUUGUAUGGAGGUAUAUGGGACAAAGGCCAGCCAACCUGGGCAACAACACAUUGAUGGUUAACUGGCUGCCACAGAAAGACCUCUUAGGACAUCCCAAAACUAGAGUGUUUGUGACCCACGGAGGCACUAAUGGGGUUCAGGAAGCAAUUUAUCAUGGAGUUCCUAUAGUUGGACUUCCUUUAUUCUUUGAUCAGCCUGAUAACCUCUCCAGAAUCAGAGCAAAGGGAGGAGCUGUGAUUGUGGAUAUUGCGGUGCUUGAUAGACACAUCUUUACAGAUGCCCUGAUGACGGCUCUUUACAAUUCCUCUUACAGGGAAAACAUGCAGACGCUCUCAAGGCUGCAUAGAGAUCAGCCCAUGAAACCACUGGACCAGGCAGUGUUUUGGAUAGAACAUGUCAUAAGACAUAAAGGAGCCCGUCAUCUGCAGACACAGUCCAUCAAAAUGUCCUGGUUUGUUUACAAGUCUAUGGAUGUCAUCGCCACUUUGUUGAUAGUUGUUUUGCUUAUAACAUUCACCUGCAUUUCAAUUGUAAGGUUACUGUGGAUAAUUAUUUUUGACGUGAAAGAAGUUAAACAUGAAUUACUUGAAAAAUAAAAUAUUCAGAUGAUCAAAUGUUGUUCAAAUUAUUACAUUAACCCAACAAUUGUCACUGUGUGUGAUGUUGCUAAAGUUGACAGUAUAAGGAAAAAUACUGUAUGACAUUUUUUUUAUUCAUAAAAUGUGAUAAAAUAGAUUUUAUCUGUCAACAUAAUUAAGGCUUGUAACUAAGACUUAGGCUUGUAACUAAUUAAGGCAGCUAACUGUCAGUGUCAGCUGGCUUUGCACUGUUUCAGUGUAUUUACCAUAAAGGUCAGGAUUCUGUUCAAAAACAUUAUUUUACUGUUUGUACUCUUUUAAGUAGAUUAAGCUUAAUGUAGAUGAAAACAAGGAGAACGUCAACAUGUUUACUCUUGAGUGAUAAAUCCACACAAUAUAUGGUAUUACUAAUACAAAAUGGGCCUGAAUUUUCUUAACAGAUCAUAAAUUAGGAAUGUUUGUGUUAGCUAAUAUAUGAGUUAUGGAUGUGGAUGUUAAUGUAAACAUGAUCUGAAUAAAAUGAUUAAAAUCUUUUUUGAAAAUUC